GCUUAUAGGUGGACAAAGUUUUGAAAUAUGCCGUUCAUUGAAGGCGCGGCUUAUAACCCAGGGCGCCUUAUGGUGCGGAAAAUACGGUACUCAGAUGAGGGGCGAAACGUAUUCCAAGUUUCCAAGUUUGGGGAGAUCGUGUUUAGGUGAGGGGGCUGGAUGACGUCACUAGUCAGAAACUGUAUUUUGAAAUACCUUUAAAACCCGUAACGGUGUGACUAUGAUAUUUGCAAUGAAGAAGUUCACACAGGUCCCCUCCUGCACCUCUUUGAAGGAUGGCUCAUGGCGGGGUGGUCCUGGACAAAGACCAGUUCGACUGUGCGGUGUGUCUGGAUGUCCUGAAGGAGCCAGUGACCAUUCCAUGCGGCCACAGUUUCUGCUUGGACUGCAUCAGCAGCUGCUGGGACAAUGAUAGCAACGUGAAGUGCCCUCAAUGUCGGCAGACUUUCAACCCGCGGCCGGUGCUUGGCCGAAACAUCUUACUGGAUGACAUGGUGGGAAGAUUUAAGCAGGCCGUGGCGGGUCGAACUCUGGCGGAGGAGGACGACGUGGAGUGCGACCUUUGCCCGGAGAGGAAGUACAAGGCAGACAAGUCGUGCGUGGAGUGUUUGGCCUCGUUUUGCGACCUGCACAUUCAACCACACUGCCAAUCAAACGAGUUUAAGACACACACGCUAAUUACGGCCUCCAAGAGGGUCCAGGAGUGCGUGUGUGGUCAACACAACAGGCUGCUGGAGAUCUACUGCCGCACGGACAAGCAGUGCAUCUGCCCGCUGUGUGUCAUCGACCAACACAAAGGCCAUGACGUCGUGAUGGUGGAGGUGGAAAGACAAGAGCAACAGAAACUUCCGUCCCUGAAAGCCUCGUCUACGUCCUCACCUCUGCCAGACACCGAAUCGAGCUUUUCCGAAGAUAUGUACGUCUUCCAGAAGUGGAUGUUGAAAUACUACAAGGAAGGAUUCAAUGACAUUCAUGAAGAAGGAGAGGACUUGUUGCCCGAGCCGGAGGUGACACAGGGUAUUCCUCCAGAGUCCAGGAAUUGUCUAAUACAAUGAAGAACCUUCUUCCGAUGGAUGGAAAACGAAGAGUCAUCCAAACAAAGACUUCAGGCACCCGUGUUUUUGUGUUCCUUGUUGCCAUGGAUGCUGAUUAUUUACCCCUGCCUCUGAUUAGUGGUCAGAACGCUCACCUGCGUCCGGUCACUAAUCAGAAAGAUAUGUAUUCCUGCCUCAGGCCAUACUCUGUCUUGCAGUUUUGUUUGCUACACCCAACAGGUUAUUCUUGCUUCUAGUUCCCGUGUUGGCUAGUCCUGGUCUAAGCUUUUCUCUAGCUUCCCGUUCCUAUUUUUGUAUUCUUGCCUUGUUAUGGUAAUAAACUAUCUUUCUUACCUGCGGAUCGUCAA